GUCGACUCAGGCGGGGGGCGAGGAAAUGCAGGCAGCUGCUUCUUCCUGGCGGGCUGAGAUGAGAUGAUACAGUUUAGCGGCAAACCUUGGGGCUUUCUGCCCCAAUCUGGGAUGGCGAAUGACAGCUCGUGGGCUACAGUGCCAGGAAUCCAGAGAGCUCAGCGUAUCAGCUUCUGACAGCAAAGUUCACAUGCAGUAACCAACCCAGAGGAACAUCAGGAAGAAAGCGAAUGAGGAGGAAAGAUGAAAUGGUGACAGAAAAAACAGCCACCCAGAAAGAUGCGAGUCUGUGGUCUGUUAUGACUUGGAUGGGCAGGUGUAGGCAUCAGCUCUCCAAUCCACGCCGAUAUUUAUUUCUGAGUUGAAGGCUCACUAGCAGUGUGAUCAAGAGCACUUCUACACCCCAGCUCCUUGCAAGGAGAGAGGAAUUGCACAACUAGCAAGGAUUCAACAACCCAGCUGCAUCACUGUACCUGCUGGAAAGGAUUGGUAAGACAGCCAGUAAUAAGGAACUUCCUGGUCACCCAUACCAAGUGAUCCACUGAACCACGGGUUGAAAAGAAACACACCCAUACUUCCCAGUAGUGGACCAAGGAAAUGACCUGCCUCCUGCACGCCUGAGAAGAAUAAUCUCCCUCUGCAGUCCUCAUUGUACCACCUUUGUCUAUCAGCUGCCUACACCACAUCACUGAGACCUUUUCCUGGUGCCCUCCUGGGCACAUGAGUUGCCCAGGAGGCAAUGGAAAGACAGUUGUGCAAGGAUUACAGUGCCAACCACCGGCUGCACCUGGUUGGGUACAGCCUGAUCUUUGUGGCAGGCAUGAUGCUCAAUGUCACGGCACUCUGGAUCUUCUUGCGCUACCUGCGCCUCAAAUCUGUAGUGAGUAUCUACAUGUUCAACUUGGCAAUAAGUGACUUGCUCUUCACAUUAUCCCUGCCACUGCGGCUCUACUAUUACUCCAACCAACGCUGGCUCUUUGGCAACUUUCUUUGCCAGGUCUCUGGCUCCCUCUUCCAGAUCAACAUGUAUGGCAGCUGCCUCUUCCUCAUGUGCAUCAACCUAGACCGCUAUAUUGCCAUUGUCCACCCACUCCGCUGGCGCCACCUGCGGCGCCCCAAAGUGGCCCGGCUGCUCUGCCUGGUGGUCUGGGUACUCAUCCUCAUGGGCUCUGUUCCAGUUGCAGGUGUCCACAAAUCAAGCUCCUGCUUGACAAGGAAUCAGACAACUGAUCUGUGUUUUGAGAGCUUCAGCAAUGACCUAUGGAAGAAUAGCAUCUUCCCGCUGGUUGUCCUGGCUGAAGUCCUGGGCUUUCUCUUGCCACUGAUGACUGUGAUAUACUGCUCAUUCCGGAUCUUUCUGAAGCUGUGCCGGGUCAGCCAGACAAACAGUCUGCGGCAGCAGAAAACCAUCCGCCUCCUUGUGGUCAAUCUCAUAAUCUUUGUUAUCUGCUUUGUCCCCUACAACACAACUCUGGCUGUCUAUGGACUGAUGAAGGCCAAUGUGAUCCAGGCCGAGCUAUCCAUGCAGACCUCGGUGCGCCAAGUUCUUAUUGUCACAGUGCUGUUGGCCAGCAUGAAUUGUGUUCUGGACCCCCUUAUCUACUACUUCAGCACUGAGGGUUUCCAUAACACCUUCAAGAAAUUGCGGCGGAGGCAAGCCUGGGACUCUGAGUUUGGAACAGGCAAGACUCAGACUGGGGAAGUGCACUCUACUUCAAAAACAAAGUGGAUCCCCAGCCAGAGAACUGUCUACUCCAAUAGAGACUUGCCAUCACCUCCCACCAAGAUAUUUUUGAACAGCCCCAUUGAAGACUCAGAAAUAUAAUCCUGGAAUUACGGGACUGCUGAGUUGGGAGUGGGGAGGGGAGGAGUCAUAAAAUGAUAACAGGGAGAUUGUGAGAAUUUGCUGUAAAGUGCUGCGCUCAAACUGUACAGAGGUGUGAGUGCAGCACGAUGGUAAGCACAUAUACGAAGCCAGAGGACCAAAAUCUGUUGAACUGCAAUUAAAUUAUGAUAAAGUAUUUUAGAACAAAAAGAGGAAUAGUGGUGAUGUGUCUGAAAAAGUACAAUCUUCUGCAUUUGGGUUAGUUUAAAACAAUAAAUCUUGCAUUUAUGUAGACAGUUGGACUAGAUCAGCAAAGGCCAACCUUUUUGGCUUUGAGGCCUAUAAUGGCCUUAACUACAGCCUUCCAUCUCUUCUUAUUUGUGUGAAGAAAGACCCAUAGCCUUCCCAAGUGUCACUCCAAACCCCUUCCCUUGUCUGAUCUACUUCUCUGCUUCCUUUUCCCUGUCAUAUCUGUCCCUGUGUUUCCUGUCAUAUACAAGUACUACAUGACUGCACAAUAAAACUGUGCAGUCAGUGUCUUGUGUAGACGUGGUCAGUGACUUAUACAGCAGUAGGGUUGGAAGGGACCCCAGGGGUCAUCUAGUCAGAUGUGGUUCACGUGUAGUACAUCACAAGUGCAGCAGGCCAGAUGUCAUUGUUAGAAAUGGGUGGUGCAGAAUAUAGUAAUGUGUUUACUAUGUGUACAUAUUCUGUGAUCUGCACUCUGUACCAGAGCCCUGUAAAUCUUGAACUGAGGGACCAGCUGCACACUGGCAAUGCAAGAACCCCUUGCUGAGCCACUAUCACCAGCCUUCACCACUAACACCCUGUCCCACUUCCUCUGCUCCAAACUGUUCACACAAGCGUGAGCACCCUGUUGUCAGCUCUGCACCCAGGGCCGGGUUAACCCUUUAGUGGGACCUAGGUAAACAAAUGUAGGGGAGACUUCCCCCCUGCUGGCACCAGUGAGGAGUGGGGCUUAGAGCUGCCACUAGGAAGCAGACGCUGCAGCAGCAGAGGGAAGGGGAGAGGAGGGGAAGGGAAGGGAAGCGGAUAGGGCCCUUUGUCCUGUCACUGCAGAAGAAAGGACGGAGGCCCCACACAGCUCAGGGCCCUAGGCAAGUGCCUAGUUUGCUUAUGCAUUAAUCUAGCUUUGUCUGCACGUUUACCCCCUCAUUCCUCUGCUCCUCUGCAUUCCAGCUGGGCCAGUCACAUCUGCAAUCCCACACUUCAGAACUUCUGCUGGUUUCCUGCAGGGGCCAGGAAGGAUUUUUUUCCCCUCAUCAAUGUUUAUUGAAUUCUGGGUUCCACUUUCCAUUUCUUCUGAAACACUGGAAAUUGGUCACACCUAAAAGAUGGCAUUUUGGCUAGGGUGCUCCUGCUCCUUGGGGCCUUGGGG